CCUAAAUUACAAUCCCAGAAAAGAGGAAGUCCCGCUAAAAAGACGCCAAGGAGUAAAGACCAAAUCCAGAAGGUCAAAGACAGUCAGCAUGAAAAACACAUGGACGAUGUGGACUCUGAGGGUCUACAUGGUCACAGUGGUGACAGCGAACUUGAUCACAGUGGUGAGUCCGAUGACCACAGGCAUGUUCAUCGUCAUCCAAUUCGCCAUCCCCGGCGUGAUAGUGAGGCGAGUGACAGUGAGAUUGAUGGCAGCGAGUCUAGUGAGGAUGAGGAACUAGAGGAAGGAGAGGUGGCUGAUAGCAGGCACCGCCAACAAUUGCUCCAGGCCCACCGCCGGGCGGUAGCCAAGUACCACUGCAACCACCACCACGCACACCACCAUGAUACGUCAGAGGAAGAAGAGGAAGAGGAGGAGGAAGAUGACUCAGAAUACCUAGAGGACUCUGAAGAUGAGGAACUUCUAAAGGAAGCCAAACUGGUUCACAUGAAGCAUACUUGUCAGGACAGUGAGGGAAGUUCCGAUUUUGAGGAUGAGGCUCGGAUGGUCCAUGAGGGGAAAAUGUCAUACCAAAUGGCCCAGAGGAUUCUCAGGAAACACCACCAACAGCAGCAGAGAAUACUACACCAGGCACACCAGCUGGCCCUCCAGAGUCAACAGAAGGUCAGGAGGCGAGGUGAACGACCCAAGGAUCAAGGGCAGAGGAAGGUGAAGUCAGGUGAAGAUCAACCAGAGGCCAGUGAGGAAGAUAAGGGGGAGGACAAAGAUGCUAGUCAGGAGCUUGUCAAACAGGAGGACCUUGCUAACACCUCCCUGGAGUCCAUUGAGUCCGAUGUGGCCAUGCACGGUGGGAGUCAGGACAGUGGACUGGAGCAGGCUGAGGGAGGCCACUCCCCUGGAGGUCUCACCCCGGGACAGGAGACUGAGAUAUUUGACUGCUCCUCAUUCAUACAGCAAGUGGGAGUACAGCGCCAGAGGCAGAGACACAUACAGGG